AUAGAAUGUGGGAGGAGCACAGCGAUACGAAAAUCCCCUGUAGAAUGUCUUUCUCUGUAACCACCAGCAGCCAAAACAAAAACCUGCUAUCAAGCUCCAGAUUAUUAACAGAUAUUUUCAGCACAUCUGCUGUAGCUGUCAGCUUUGAAGUCAUUCUCCGCCUCAGGAAAAUGCCGGAGAAUUCUGUUUCUAAAUGUGAAAAGACUCCUGAAAAGACUCCACGGACGAGAACUAGGCGGUGUUUGUGUUUGUUGAUUCUGUUCCUCGUGAUGGGAACUUCUUAUAUGGGCGUAUUUACUUUCUACAAUUCAAGCAUCGAGUUAUCACUGUCUUGGAACUUUUGGAAGACACACUCAAACAAUAUGACUACUGCAGCUGACAGUGUCUCAACAGCACAGUACUUUGUGGCAUACCCGCAUCAGUAUCAUUUCAUAGUGGACCAACCAAACAGAUGUCAGCAGGAAAGCCCAUUCUUGGUUCUUAUGGUUCCAGUCGCACCCCAUAACAGAGAGGCUCGUGACAUAAUCCGCGACACAUGGGGCAAAGAAACUACAGUGUUGAGUCGAGUGGUCAGUCACUACUUCCUGCUAGGACUGUCCAGAGAGGGAGAUGGGACAGAGUUCCCGGAGGAGCAAGUGUUACAGGAAAGCCAGAGACAUCAAGACAUUCUCCAGAGUAACUUCAUGGACAACUACAGUAACCUCACCAUUAAAACCAUGGUCAUGUUUGAAUGGUUAAGCUCCCAUUGCCCCAACACCACCUACGCCAUGAAGGUUGACUCUGACAUGUUCCUUAAUGUCCAUAAACUUGUUGACAUGCUUUUAAAAGCUCCCCGACAUCUCUACAUGACAGGGAUGGUGGCAAGGGGUGCUGCUGUUCUUCGAGAUCGUACCUCAAAGUGGUUUCUGCCUGUUUCUGCCUUCCCUGAAACAAGCUACCCACCGUAUGCCCUGGGACUGGGCUAUGUGUUCUCACUGGAUUUACCCAAAAAGAUACUGCAGGCAUCUUUCCAUGUAAAGGCUGUUUACAUUGAGGAUGUAUAUGUGGGACUGUGUAUGAGACAUCUGGGAAUCUCAGUGACAGAUCCUCCUAAUGGUGGUUUGUUUAGGGGACCGAUGCCUUUUUGGACAGACAGCUGUUACUGGACCUCUGUCAUUACAACAAUAUUACAGGACUCUAAGCAGCUUUCAGAUGUGUGGGAAACAUAUCAGACUCAAGCACAAAGUGGCUGUUAAACACUUCUGUUUGUGCCUUAUUAAAACUGCAACUGUUUUUAAGUUGCACCUUGUAACUGCAUGACCCUGUUGCUUGGUACAGCAGUUACAGCACCAUUGUGUUUAUAAGUUAUCUAUGAAGUAUGGAAUCAAUUUUUUGAUACCAAGACAGAGAUUGUGAGAGAGAUAUGCAUUUUGCAGCUAAGCCAUUUGUGUUCGUAUUUUAGAUGUUUGCAAAGAUUGCACAAAUGGUUGUUAAGAUGUUGGUUUACAAUUUAAAUAUGUCAUGAUGGAGAGUGUUUUUUUAAAAAUUGGCUAUGCAGCCCAGCAGAGUUUAACACUCACUUAAACAAGUGUAAUAAAGGUAAGCAAUCACACAGAAAUAGCAGACCCAGCAGUUACCACACUGUGGAGUUACCUGGAUUUAAAUUCCCCAGAUGUAUAACAUUUCUAUUCAAAAUUUUAUUUUUAAACUAACUUGUGUGUGCAUGGUUAUCUUUCACCACAGAAACCUCACUUACAACAGAAAGAGGCCUGUUUUACAGAGGUGCUGCAUAUAUCCACUGACUUUUAGCAGUUCACACGGUGUACUGUAACACAGUAGUUGUAGUUGUUACAGACUUCUGGGAUAAUCUACAAAAUGAAUUAUAUUUACUGAUAAAAGAAGCAACAGAGUGUGUACUACAGCUACACUCUCCUUGGCCUGCUGACAUCCAGUGGAUUAUCAGAGUAGCCUGCAGCUUUAUUUGUUAACUAGCCUGACUAGUUGUAACCAAAAUAUUCACCAGCAAAAUAACUUUUUAUUUUAACUGCCAUUGUCAGUCUUUGUUGUAUAGUGGCAGGGAAAGGCAGGGAAAAGCAGUAAUGUGUUGCACUCAGGCUUUUUCACACUGCAAAACAGUGCAGAACACUGCAGAACAGCAGUAAACAGAGAUCUGAUAAUGAAGGGAGGUUUUACUGAGUGAUGGAAAGUACUUGAACCAGAGUGAAAAAUGUGCUAGUACACUGACAAAUGCCUUGUGGCUUUUAUUGUAGAUAACAUGCUCUGGUAUGACUAUGAGUUCUUUAUGAAAUCUGCAAAAUUUCUCUAUUAAAAUUCAGCUAAAUCCA